CAUGAAAUGAACAUCCUGUAGAAGAAUGAUAUGUACUAACUUACUGUAGAUAUUGUUCUCCUACAAGAUGUUAAUGUCAUGUAAGUUCAUGGCAGAUAAGAUAAUCAUGCGUCAUCAGUUCCAAGUAGAUUGAUAAAUCCUGAAUUAUCAUCAGAGAAUAACUAUAUAUAACUCAUGUGCCCUUGUUAGUGUACUGGUCUUGUAGAAAACCAGCUGUAGUUGCUUAAUCCAGUUUAAUCUUUUCUCAGUACGUCUUAACAGGUUUUUCCUUUUAGAUGGCAAAAAUCCAAGAUGACCUGCCUUCACCUCAACAUUACAACUAAUAUAAAGUGUGAGCAACAAAGUUACAGCACAUAUUUGACCUUUAACACAGAUGUGUCAGAUACUGAUGUACAACAAUCUGUUAACAUGUGUACAGAAUAUCAUCUUACUGUAGAUUCACUGUCAACUAUUAAUAAAUCAUCGCAAGAUUAAAGUCACAACCUAUCAGACUAUCAAAUACUUUAGCAGAAAACGGCAAACGCAUGUUAACCGCUCCCAUGUUAUCAUAACAAAACAAGAGGUUUUGAUAAGAUUUGCUAUAUAUAUCCACACAUGUAACAUAUCUUGCAAUAACUAAAAUGCUGCAUGAAGAUAAAGAUAAUCCAGAAGUUUAACGAAUUUGCAGAAGCUGCAACAAUGUUGUUUUCCAUUCAUCUGGGAUCACCUCUCCAUCUAGUUAUCCUGAUCUCCCUUUGGGGCUUUCUUAACAUAACAUUAGCUCUACCACCAACCAUGCCUCCGAUCUUCAAAGACACACCCUUCUCUGUUAUCUGGAACGCCCCUACCCCGGUAUGUGAGAAGCUUGAAAUCAAUUUGGACACUUCAGCAUUCAAUGCCGUCACUACGCCAGCCAGUGUCCCAAACCAAUUUCUGAACCUCUUCUACGCCGAACGUAUCGGUCUGUACCCUUACGUAAAACCGGACACCAAAGAGGAGUUUAAUGGCGGCAUUCCCCAAAAGGCCAACCUGACAGCCAGCCUGUUAAAAGAACUUGACGAUGUCAAAUAUUACAUCCCAUGGUUCUCCCCAGGUUUGGCCGUGAUCGACUGGGAGGCGUGGCGACCGCUGUGGGCAAGAAAUUGGAGUUCUAAACAAAUCUACAGGGAGCUCUCCAUUCAAAAUGUGCAGGAGAAAAACCCAACUCUGUCCUCCGAUGAGACUGUAGCUUUGGCCAAAAAGCAGUUUCAAGCGGCCGCUAGGGCUUAUAUGGAAGGCACAUUAAAGCUUGGGAUCGAAAUGAGGCCAAACUACCUUUGGGGCUAUUAUUUAUUCCCUGACUCUUACAAUUAUGGAUGGGAGCAGCCUGGUUAUACCGGUGAAUGUUCAGAACAAGAGCAGAACUUGAAUGAUGAGCUCCUUUGGCUGUGGAACUCAAGCACGGCAUUGUUUCCUUCUGCGUACCUGCCGCUAGGCCUUCAGAACAACCAAAACGCAGCUUACUAUGUUCGUGGACGAGUACAGGAGGCCGUCCGGGUGUCUGCUUUGCCAAAGCAUAGCUACACCUCUCCGAUUUACGUAUACUUGCAACCUCUGUUUCGGGAUCAGUCAAAAAUAUACCUGAGUGAGAUGGAUCUGAUGAAUACUAUUGGGGAGAGUGCAGCUCUGGGGGCAUCAGGGGCCGUGCUAUGGGGGGCCAGCGCAGAUUAUAACAACAAGGAAUCAUGUGAAGCUCUGUCUGCCUAUCUACCCUCCACUCUUAACCCUUAUAUAACCAAUGUGACAGCCGCCGCUAAACUUUGCAGUAGCACGCUGUGUCAAAACAAAGGCCGCUGUGUGCGCAAGAAUCCUCAAUCAAACACCUAUCUGCACUUGAAUCCGAAACAUUUUAACAUCCUAAAGAGUCGUGGUCAGUACUUGGCCCUGGGGAUGCCUUCCCUCAGUGACAUCAGGAAGUUUUUGGACGACUUCACCUGUCAGUGUUACGCGGGUCAGAAAUGCUCAGCCAAAAUGCCGGACUCCCUUCCCACAACUCCAGUGGUUGUUCGUGUAACCUCAUAUGAGACAAACACAUUUUGAUGUGUAUCAUUUAACAAAUAAACAUAAAUAAAAAGGUAAUGAUAUUUUGGAAUAAAAGACUUUCUCUUAUGAUUUAUUCACCAUCGUGUCAUACUAGGUAAAUUCCUUUCUUCAGCCGAACACAUUCAGAGUUAUUA